GGCUGGGUGGGGGUGGCCGGGAGGAUUGGGGAGCUGGGACUGAUAGCCACUGGGCAGCAGCCCCAUGCUUGCCUGCUUGAAAGCCUUUCCUCCUAAGGUGCCUUGAGGGCUCCUACACUGUUUCUUUGCAUCCUCUGUUUCUGGGGCAGCUCUGCUAAGAGGAAGGAGAAAACGAAAGUGAAAGUAGGCUCGUUUGCUGCGGGGCUCCAUUCUGACUGGGCUUCUCCUCCCAGCAUGCCCUGAUUUUCUUCCCUCCUCUGCUCCUUACCAUACACCAACCCACUUCACAGCCUGUGGCAGUUAGGACCCAUUACGAAAACGCUUCGGUGCUUGGUAUUCAGAAUAUACCGCAGAUGCAGAUCUCAAAGGAGGGGGUUUUGUACAUUUUGUAGCAGACACAGAUAAUUAGAUGUUCAGGCUGAUGAAUGAACAGGUAAACCUCGGGCUGAGGGAGGGCCCUGGGCUAAAUGACCCUCCUGGUAGGGUACAUGGAUGAGUGAGUGUGGGGGGAGUAUUUGCUACACUCCCCAGGACACCGUCUGCAAUGGUCCUGUUUAUUGUUGUCUUCUGUUGAGGAAACAAAAUUGUGAGUCCGUGGUUUAAGAAUGUGCAACCAGGAAGUGGCAGUCAAAAGUUGCAGACCCAGAAACUCAAAGCUGAGUUCUACUUUUCACAUUUUUUUCAACCGCCACUGCUUCAAUUAAAACAGGCAGGGGUCCGGAGAGGAGGAGCAGUGAGUGUGGAGUGACCAGUCUCACCUAGGACAAAGAAAGCCAGAUGGACAAAGUCAAACAAAUCCACUUGUCUUCCUAAAGGAGCUUGCACUCCCCACUAGCCCCAGAAGCUGCCAGUUACUCGAUGAGCUGUCAGAAGACAGAAUAUAUCAGCCCAAUUCCUACCGCAAGACUCUCUUCGUGUCCCCAAGAAACGCACGUGUUCAUUGCUCGAGGAAAAGGCAUUGACUAUCAUGGAGACCAUGGAUCAUAGCACACCUCAGUGUGGAUCCGCAUCAGCAGAUGAUCUUUUGUUGAUAGAAGCUGUUAACGAGGGAGAUGUUGACAGGGUCCAGCAAUUGUUAGAACAAGGGGCUGAUGCCAAUGUCUGUGAAGAAUCUGGGGGCUGGACACCUUUGCACAACGCGGUGCAGUCUGGCAGGGUAGAUAUUGUGAAUCUCCUGCUUCGUUAUGGUGCUGACCCUCAUCGGAGGAAGAAGAAUGGGGCCACCCCCUUCAUCAUUGCUGGGAUCUGUGGAGAUGUGAGUCUGCUCCAGAUUUUCCUCUCUCGAGGUGCAAACAUCGAUGAGCGUGACAUGCACGGAUUCACGGCUUUCAUGGAAGCUGCUGAGUAUGGUAACGUUGAAGCCCUAAAAUUCCUUUUUGCUAAAGGGGCCGAUGUGAAUUUGAGACGGGAGACAACGGAGGACAAAACGCGACUGAAGCAAGGAGGGGCCACGGCUCUCAUGAGCGCUGCAGAGAAAGGCCACCCGGAAGUCGUGAGAAUUCUCCUCGAUGAAAUGAAGGCAGAAGCCGAUGCUCGGGACAAUAUGGGCAGAAAUGCCUUGAUCCGUUCUCUGCUGAAACUCGAUUGUGAAAAUCAUGUGGAGGAGAUCACUUCAGUUCUGAUUCAAUAUGGUGCUGAUAUUAAUGUGAGAGGGGAGGGAGGGAAGACGCCUCUGAUCUCAGCAGUGGAGAGGAAGCACACAGGUUUGGUGCAGAUGCUCCUGAGUCAGAAGGGCAUAAAGGUGAAUGACAGAGAUAGCGAGGACAAGACGGCGCUGCGAAUUGCUGUUGAACUCAAACUGAGGGAAAUCGUCCAGCUGCUUCUUGAAAAGGGAGCCGAUACCAAGUGUGGCAAUCUUGUUUGGAUAGCCAAGAGUAAGUAUGACCAUGGUCUAGAAAAACUUCUUCGCUCAUAUGAAGCUAAUCACGACACCAACCCUCCUGCUAAAGACUGGUUGCCUCACAGUGCAUGCUGGGGGGAGGCCUUGAAAAGACUCCACAGUAUGUCUCGACCCAUGAUUGGCAAACUCAAGAUCUUCAUGAAUGAUUACUAUAAAAUUGCCAGCACUUCUGAAGGGGGCAUCUACCUAGGGAUCUAUGACAAUCGAGAGGUGGCUGUGAAGGUCUUCUGUGAGAAUAGCUCACGUGGACGUAAGGAAGUCUCUUGUCUGCGGGACUGUGGAGACCACAGUAACUUACUGACUUUCUAUGGAAGCGAGGAGCACAGGGGCAUUUGGUAUGUGUGUGUGUCCCUGUGUGAGUGGACAUUGGAAGAGUUCCCGAAUGUGCCCAGAGAGGAACCUAUGGAGAAAGGGGAAGACAAGUUUGCCCUCAGUGUCCUAUUGUCUAUAUUUAAGGGUGUUCAAAAACUACACAUGCAUGGAUAUUCCCAUCAGAACCUGCAACCGCCAAACAUCCUAAUAGAUUCCGAGAAAGCUGUCCGGCUGGCAGAUUUUGAUGAGAGCAUCCGGUGGACGGAAGAGUCACAGACGGUCCAGAGAGACUUGGAGGACCUUGGACGGCUGGUUCUCUAUGUGGUAAACAAAGGUGAGAUCCCCUUUGAGACACUGAAGGGUCAGAAUGAUGAAGAAUUGCUUACGAUCGCUCCAAAUGAGGAGACUAAGGACCUCGUUCAUUGCCUGUUUUCUCCUGGAGAAAAUGUAAAGAACCGUCUGAUGGACCUGCUUGGCCAUCCUUUCUUUUGGACUUGGGAGAGCCGCUAUAGAAUGCUUCGGGAUGUGGGAAAUGAAUCUGACAUCAAAGUACGAAAUAAUAAAAGUAAACUUCUCAAGCUACUGCAGCCUCAGACACACGAGCCUUCCAGAAGCUUUGAUCAGUGGACGUCUAAGAUCAACAAACGUGUCAUGUCUGACAUGAAUGGUUUCUAUAAACACCGAAAGGGUUAUCGGGAUACUGUAGGUGAUCUGCUGAAGUUUAUUCGGAAUAUAGGAGAACACAUCAAUGAGGAAAAAAACAGGCAAAUGAAGGAGAUACUUGGAGACCCUUCUCGUUAUUUUCAGGAGACAUUUCCAGAUCUUGUAAUCUAUAUCUACAAGAAACUAAAGGAAACGGAAUUCAGAAAACACUUUCCUCAGCCUCCACCAAGCCUCAGUGUGCCAGAGGCAGCGGGACCAGGGGGUGUACAGGGCUGAGUCUUGAAAGUUCAUGGGACCAUUUCUUCCAGUCAGUAUAGUUCUUGGCAAGUUGCACAUUUCUGGUCUCUUAAGCAGCCUGGUUGCUGUGAGCACUUAGAUAGCCAGUGUGUCGGUUUCUGAUGCAGUAAGUUCUACACAUUUCCAUGAUCACAAAAGCAGUGUACUACAAAGCUAUACUGCCCCAUUUUAGUGGAUGGAAUGGGGAGCGCCUUCUGUUAAGAUUUCGUUUAAAAAAAA